CUUGUAUUUAAACCUGCUCUGCAGACUGCAAGACCAAACUCAAACUCAGCUUUCACACAGAAGGAAGUGACACAACAAAUAGCAAUGGUCUGCAGAGUGAUUCUUCUUGCACUGCUCACAGUAUGCAUAGCAUCUGCGGUAGAUGUUUCAGGGCACAGUGGUUCUCGAUGCUUGUGCCGCACCGUAAAGGAAGGUCUUCCUGUCAGACGUAUAACCAAAGUUGAAAUUAUUCCUCGGAGCAGCUCCUGUGACAUUAUUGAGAUCAUUGCUACCUUGAAAAAUGGGAUUCAGGUGUGUUUGAAUCCAGAGGCUCCAAGAGUGCAAAAAGCCCUCGGCCAGCUGAUGGAAAGAAACAGCUCCAAACCAAAUCCAACUAUCUGAAAGUCUUCACUGAGAUCCCAAUGAAGAUUCAACGGAAGAGGCACCUUGAUUAUUCCACAGCUACCUUCAUUUAAAAAAAAAAAAAAAAACUAAUAUAUUUAAUUAAUUGAAGUUAAAAGAAUUGAGUAAUAUAUCUUUAAAUAUAUUACUUUAAAUAUAUAUAUAUAUAUAUAUAUAUAUAUAUAUACACACACACACAAGUUUGCCUUUGUUUUGUUUUCUCUGUGUGCACUAUAGGCCUAUAUAGUGUAUGCAAAGCUUGCUUA